AUUGUUUUUAAAUUCAUUUAAAUACGUUUGGAACACGAAAACUAAGAAGACUUGCCCUUCCCAAACGUUUUCACGUGAGUAUAUUUCCUAUAUAUCAUAUGUUAUAUAUGCGCAGUGAUCUAGAAAUUAUAGGCAUAAUAAAGGUAGUAUUUGAAAUAGGUCCUUUUUCUUUUCUAAGAGUGUGGGCUGUUUCCAUUUACAGAUAGUUUUUAUCAGUCUUGAGUUCAAUUAUCCUUCAUGUGUUGGCUAUUAUAAUAGAAAGUUCGGUGGGCGAGGAUGAAAUGCGAAGAGGGCACUGUUAAAACAGGGGGAUGGGAAGGUGUUCAAGACAGUGCCACUUUCUGGCUAAAAUUGAAGAAUUUAUACGGUAAAAUGUUGGCAAAAAAUUUGUUUCAUUCUUUUAUUAAUAUUCCUAGGCAAGUAUGCUCAAUAUAGCCCUGUUUUAACAGUGCCCUCCUCGAAUUUCACCCUCCCACACCAAACUUAGCUUAAAAUAUCCUCCUACGCCACAGCUGCAUACCUCUGCAUUAAGUGAAUAACUAUUUGCAUAACAGAACAUAUAAAUGAAUCAAAUGUUUUGCUAUGAAAUAUCAGUUGUGGUGUAAAUUCCUCAAUUUGAACCAGAAAGUGUAGCAUUGCCUUCCCUCUUUUUAAAAUUUUCCUGGGGGAAGUUUGCCCCAUAGUCCCCCUAGUUUCAACAGUGCCCUCCUCGAAUGUCAAUCCGCUCCCCUUCUAAUUUAAAAUAUUCUACUACGCCAUUGCUGCAUAUCUUCUGCAUUAAGUAAAUAAUGAUUUGCAUACAGUAUCAAAAGUCAACGCAGAUACAGACUGUUUCAAAUUGUGGAACAUGAUUUGUAUAUUACCCACAGUGAACUGCAUGUAUGAAAGUCGCCCAAAACCCGGUCCAUUAUCUGUGAAUGGCAAUACAGAGUUUUAUAUGAUGUAGAUUCAAAAGUGGUUGCUACCUGCUGGUCAAGUUAUGCAGUCUGAGUACGCUCAUGUGAUUAUGUAUUGUGCUCAAAUAAAGAAAACUGAUAUCAUGCUGAAGUUUUAAUCAUAUGAUUUCAUAGUUCCAAGUAUUUUGAAUAAUCAAGGUUUUGUUAUUGCAAAAUGAAACCAAAGUGUACACAGAAGGUCUUAAAAACUUCGCCUGUUUCUUACUUUUGAUUUAGUUGUUUACAUUGUGAGAUAAAUGUUAUAAAGGAAGAUCGUUGGCAUAUCUAUUUCUACAAUGGAAAGCAGAGCAAGGUUUUGUCAGCUGUAAAUAAUGGCUUGUUGCCCGACGGAAAAGAAUUAUGGCUACGACGAUAGCAGGUUUGAGAAUGACGUUGACCAGCACUUUCAUUGUUCAAUCUGCUACAAUGUUCUUAAAGAACCAAGGAUGUGUAGAAAUAAUGAACAUGUCUUUUGUCUUGCGUGUAUCAGUGAACAUCUGAAAGUAAAUUCCCAAACUUGCCCUGAAUGCAACGAACAUUUGAGUGUUGAUACGCUUCGUCGGCCGCGUUUGGUGAAUAAUUAUUUGUCUAAGCUGAAGAUUAAUUGUGAUUAUGCCAGUCGAGGAUGUCCUGAGUUUACUUGUGUUGCAGACCUCCAAACUCAUGUUGCCAAUUGCGAGUUUGCUCCUGUGUUUUGUUCGAAUGAAAAUUGUGGCAUGGAGAUUAAUAAGCAAGACCAGGUCCAUCAUGAGACUGAAAUUUGUGAAUACAGGAAAGUGAGAUCUUAUGACUAUGGCCAAAUACAAGAAGAUAUCGGUACAGUGAAAGGAAGUCUAAUAGCAUUCGAUGGGGAAGUUGAAGCAAUGGAAAAAGAGAUGGAAAAAAAUAUGGAGAUUAAUUACGUUGCAAUGAAAAGAAUUGUGGGGAAAUUGGAAGGAAGCUUAGAGGGAAUGAAUAAAAGGAUCCACGAAAAAGUGGAAGCAUCGAAGAAGAGUUAUAAAGAAAUGAAACAUGACCAACACGAAGUUAAGAAAGAAAUGAGAACUAUGAAAGAAAAUCUCUCAAAUAUGAACAAAGACGUGGACGAGUUCAAAGUCAUGAUGAGUCUAAUGUUAGAGAAGCUAAACAUGCUUGAAUCGCGUAACAAACUUCCAUUUCCUAGUGUGGGAAUGUUGAAUACACCAAAAGAAGAUAUUUUGAUUGCUGGUGGCUCUGGCUGCGAUUCAGGAUGUAGUGCAGAAAUAUUUUUCUGUGAGACGAAUGGUUGGUAUGAGGUGGCGGCAAUGAAUGAGAGACAUGAAGGAGCUUCAUCAUUUAUUUAUAAUGAUCAACUAUUUGUUGUUGGGGGAAAACAUAGUAAGACAAUAGAAACUUUGAAUCUCGAUGAGUUACCUUUGAAAUGGAUGGAAUUUUCUGACGAACUUCCUUAUGCAGGUGAUGAUCAUUCAACUGUUGUUUACCAACAGCGUGUCAUUCACAUUGGUGGAUAUAAUCGUGACGAGUGUAAAACGUCUAACUUGAUUAGUGAAUUGCAACUUACCUCACCUUGCACACUGAAAGAGUUGUGCCAAAUGCCCCAGCCACGAGAUUGUCAGGGCGCUGAGCCUUUUGAAGAUAAAGUCUUGGUCUUGGGAGGAGUACAUGAUAAACGUGGUAUUUUAGACAGUGUGUUGGAGUUUGAUCCAAAGAAGAAUGUGUGUAAAGAGCUGCCAUCAUUACCACAUCCCAUGAAGGAAAUGGCAACAGUUCGUUGGCGAGAUCAAGUAGUUGUACUUGGAGGUCGUGAUAAGGAUGAUCAAGUUCUGAAUGAUGUUUUCAUGUAUGACUGCAAGACGGGCCAGAUUACAGCCUUGCCAUCCAUGUUGAAGAAGAGAUAUAAAUGUUGUGCAGUUAUUACUGGAAAUACAAUUGUAGUCAUGGGAGGUGAGAAUGAUGAUGACUAUCUCAGUUCGGUGGAGUGUUUUACAAUGGGAGGUUGUACAUGGAAGUAUCUUCCCAGCAUGAAUAACUCCAAGUGUGAAGCAGUUGCUGAAGUUCUACCGUCAACAAGGUUAAGGAAAUCUGUGUAUGUUUGACAUUUAAGACCCAUUUAACAUUUGUCCGCAAAUUUAUAUUACAUCGUUUUGUUAAGAGGUAAAUUGACGAUUCCCCUCAUUACGUUUUUGUAGCGCUUUGCAUUGUGGUUAUAGUGGUAUCACUGAUAAAGAUAGCGGCCUCGAAUGAAAAUAUUGAAUGUUUUCGCGAAUAUUUUGCUGUUGGCUAUCGCGCACCUGAUCCUAGCUUUUUUAAAAAGUUCUUGCACGGGUCAGGAUAAAAAAUAAGCCAUCUUGAAUAUCAGUGAUAACACUAUAACCACAAUGCAAAGCGCUACAAAAACGUAAUAGGGGAAUCUAGUAUUCCACGCAUUUCUCUACCUAUAUAUAAGUUGGGAUUUCUGACUGAGGGUAAAGUAAUACAAAUAACAAAGUUUCUCCAAGCAACAUGCAAAAUUUGAUUCCAACACCAUGUUAUGAUCAAAAUGUUUUUGCAUAUUUUCUUGUCCAGUUUAGCUAAGUUUUGCCCAAAUAACUUCUUUAAACCAGUUUUUGUUGCAGUUAAAGCCAUUGUAAGUUCUUUGAAUGUUUGCAUGGCGAUAAAAUAUAAUUGUUUUUGUUCGUGGAAACACCAC